ACUGUAUGAAGCAAAUAGAGGAUGAAGAUGAACUCGUCUGCUGUGUCUCACUUCACUCUGUCUGCCUACGUGGACACUGGACCCUGGAGAUAUUUCUUCUUCCUGAUUGUUCUGUGUUUGUACGUGUUGAUCGUUCUUUCCAACGUGUUGCUGGUUGCAGUGAUCUGUGUGAACAGAAGUCUUCAUGAACCCAUGUACCUGUUUCUGUGCAGCCUGUUUGUUAAUGAACUGUAUGGUAGUACAGGCUUGUUCCCGUUCCUGCUACUUCACAUCCUGUCGGACUCUCACACCGUCACUGCUCCGCUCUGCUUCCUGCAGGUUUUCUCUAUUCACUCUUAUGGUCACAUAGAGUUUGUGACUCUGGCCGUCAUGUCGUAUGAUCGAUAUCUGGCCAUAUGUUUCCCUCUGCAGUACAACAGUCUGAUGACAGUGAACAGAGUCGCAGCUCUCACGGCUAUAAUCUGGUUUUACUCUCUGUUUGUGAUUCUCAUCAUCGUGUCUCUGACGCUCCGUUUGAAACUGUGUGGGAACUUUAUUGACAAAGUUUACUGUGGCAACUUCUCCAUCGUCAAACUCUGCUGCUCCGACACGUCAGUCAACAACAUCUUUGGACUAGUUUAUUUGUUUUCCAUCGUCUUUGGUCUCAUUGUUUUAAUCCUGUUCUCUUACAUCAGGAUCCUUAAAGUCUGUUUCUCAGGUUCUAACCAGACGAGACAAAAAGCCGUCAGCACCUGUUCACCUCACCUGGCGUCGCUGCUCAACUUCUCCUUUGGAGCUUUCUUUGAGAUAUUGCAGAACAGGUUCGACAUGAGCAGCGUUCACAUUGUCGUACGUAUCGUCUUGUCGGUGUAUUGGCUCACGUGUCAGCCGCUCUUCAACCCUCUGUUUUACGGACUGAAAUUAUCUAAGAUACGCUUCUUGUGUAAAAGUUUGCUCUUUGGCAAAAAACCUGGAGAUUCAUGAAUGUAUUUAUUUAUGUCUCAUCUUCAUAAA